AUGGCUGGACUUGAGAAUCAAGUAGCAUUGAUCACCGCAGCUACGUCAAAAAUUGGAUACGGGUAUGCCAAACAUCUGCUCCAGAAAGGCGUCAAGGUGGCGUUAUGCGAUGUAAAUUUGGAAGACUGUCAAUCGGUCGCCAAAGAAUUCGAUAAUGCGUUUGGCGAUGGAAGUACUUUGGCAUUGGAGUGCGCCGUGGCAAAUCAAACACAACUUGAAAGUGAGUUUUUGUGA